UUUUGUCUCCAGCUAGCUGAAGCAUCACUGUGGCUGUAUGCGCUGUGUUUUCGUCUCUCUCUCUCUUUCUCUCUCGCUGUGGAUCUCAGGUUGGUGUUUGUUCAGAGGAAUCUGCUGUGAAGCUGAAACACAGGACCAAGAAAAGUGUGUGUGGACACAGAGAGUCUUCAUUAGUGUGGUCAUCUGUACAUGGAUAUUCCCCGCUGGACAGGUGAUCUCUGUACGUCCAGCCCUGUAGCUGUGUUUGGGAACGUGCUGUGCAGCGGGCCGGGCCUGGCCGAUCACCUGUGGCGAAUCAGACAUCCUCUGUUCAUCACACUGGGUAACCAGGAGGCCAGCAGUCCCGCAGACGCAAUGGCGCAGACUUUCACCCCGCAGUACGCCCAUCCGGCUCAGAACGGAAUCCCAGCCGAGUUCACCACGCCGCACGCCCUUCCCACGCAAGACUACACGGCACAGAGCCGCGUCCCGGAUCACAGCCUGACGCUUUACACGCCGACACAGAUACACAGCGAGCUGGCCAACGGUGACAGCAACACGCCAGACAUCUCCAGCAGUACCAACACGACAACGACAGACGACGUGACGCAAACUGUAGUUUCCCAACAGCUGAUGCUCUCAGACUCCACAGAAAAACAGCAACCCAAGAGAUUGCACGUCUCCAACAUUCCCUUCCGCUUCCGGGAUCCGGAUUUACGGCAGAUGUUUGGGCAAUUUGGAAAGAUCUUAGACGUGGAGAUUAUAUUUAAUGAAAGGGGAUCAAAGGGCUUUGGCUUUGUAACGUUUGAAACGAGCACAGAUGCAGAUCGCGCGCGGGAGAAACUAAACGGUACAAUCGUAGAAGGACGUAAAAUCGAGGUGAACAACGCCACAGCCAGAGUGAUGACAAAUAAGAAAGCAGUAAACUCGUACACAAACAGUUGGAAACUGAAUCCAGUUGUUGGAGCCGUUUAUGCACCUGAGCUCUACGCAGUGACGGGUUUCCCGUACCCCACAGCAGGGGCGACAGUGACCUACAGAGGUGCUCAUCUGAGAGGAAGAGGUCGAGCCGUUUAUAACCCCUUCCGUACGGCCCCACCUCCUCCACCUAUCCCGGCCUAUGGAGCAGUUCUGUAUCAGGAUGGAUUCUACGGCGCUGAGAUCUAUGGCGGUUAUGCAGCGUACAGAUAUACACAACCUACGACAGCUACAGCCUUCAGUGACAGUUAUGGGCGAGUCUAUGCAACAGCAGAUCCAUAUAAUCAUGCCAUCGGCCCUGCAACCACUUACAGCGUGGGAACCAUGUAAAUACAGUUAAAGAUGGACAGAGACAGAACUGCACCUCAGGACAUCAAGACACACGAUCAUCAUGAGGAAAUCCAGAGAAAAACAAUGAAGAAAAUUGUACAUUCAACUGGAAAAUAACGAACAAGAAUGAGACGGCUAUUGAAAGAACCAAUGAAAAACAUCUGAAAACAUCUUAUUUUUUAUAUAUUUGCGUUAAUGAAGCGAAGCAGUUCAUGUACACGAAGAGACGCGUUUACGUUUAUCUCAGUUGAAGAUGGACAGAAAAUUGACACUGAUAUGAGUGUGCAGGGAUUUUUGCCCACAUUAUCCACCAUAAUAUAUUUUACUCCACAUGGACGGGGCUUAUGUCCUCAUCGCUCACUCACCAUUUCAUCCUCUUCCUGUGAAGAAAACUCAUUGGUCCACUUCCAGCUUCUGAUUCGUUUAUGUGGAUAGAGCUACGCAUUCACUUCCUGUGGCUGAUGUCAUAACUCUCUGAUGAUUGGCAAUGUUGCCGACCAACUUCCUGUGUCGUACCUGAUUCAGACUCUUUUAUUAUAAAACUAAAGAUGUCAAUUUCUUAUCAGUAUUCUCCAGCUAUUAAAGUCGACAAGGAGGGUGAGUUUGUUCAUACUGGUUGAUAAACGCACAACUGCAAAACAAGAGCCUCAGACAACAGAAUAUUAUACGAGUCAGAAAUAUAAAAUGUUUUUUUUUUUGAGUGCAUCUCAGUGAUGUCAGGGUUGUAGUUUAUGACAAGAGGGCCGCGCUUGUGAAACACGAGAUUUGCAUACAAAUGAUUUACACUAUGCUGGGGUCAUGACGCAAGUCCUUGGAGUGCAUUACUAUAUAAACGCGUUUACUUUAAACCAGGUGAAGUAUUCCCAGCCAAAAUAAAUGAAACGGAUGCAUCUAUAGUCUUUAACUUAGAAAGAAAAGUAUUAUAGGAUUAUUAUAGUACUAUAUGAAAACUAUAUCCACAGAUUUACCUACAUAAAAUGCUUCCUUUAAAAAUGAUGUUUUACAAAGUGACUGUUAACCUGUUCUCUGGUAAAUACGUCAGCUAUACGCAGUAUUUCAGGGGGGUGUAACAAACAGAGGAUUUUAUUUAGGAAAAUGGCUUGAAUUUUUAAAAGAACAUUUUCCCGUUCAACGUGUUUUCAAGAAUGUAUUCAUAUAUGUUCAGAGUGUAUUAGUAGAUGUAUUUGUACAUAGAUAACACAUAUCUAUUAUUGAGUAUUGGGAGUUGCGUGAAGUGGCUGUGUGUGUGCGCGCGUGUGAUACGCUGUUUUUAUAUUUUAUUCCACUCAUAACUGAAUCGUGCUUUAUUAUCCAGCCUGUACUCUGUGACACAUUUAUACACUUUCACAGUCUAUUGUUGAUAUAUAUUGAGAUUAUUAUACCCUAGAAAAAACUUUUACCUUUUUAGAUUUAAAUGAAUAUAUUACUUAUUAUAUUUACAAAGCCUCAUAAGCUUUGCUUAGGUUGGAGUUUAUCUGUAACCCCGCCUCUUCCAUAAAGUUCUUUAAACAGUGAUUGGACAAAUCAGGCAUUUGUGACCCAUGUUGCUCUGAUCAAAGAUUUCAGAAUUAUUUGAAAUCAGUUUGGUUUGAUAUGAUGCAGAUCUCUGAGAGUUAUUUCCUCUCUAGAAAGAUCAAGACUUGAAAUGUUUUUUUUAAACCAGGUAUUUUCAAACUGGGGUCCAGGGACCACCAGGAGGAUCUAGGGGGUCCCCAGAAAAUGUCAUAGUAUUUUUUAUGUAUUUAUUAUGUGUUUGUUUAAUUUCUUCCCACAUAUAUUCCAGUAUUGUUUUAUUUGCUUUGUAUCUUUCUAGUGUGUUUUCGUUAUUACAGUGUCCUCACUGGGAUUUGUAAGGCAGUAUCCUUGUAAAGCUGCCGUGAAAAUAAAUUGUCAAAGUUGCUGCAGUAAAAAAUACAUUUGAAUUGAAAAUGUUUCUCUUUAGGUUUAUACAUAUAGCAUUACUCUAAAGCAGUGGUUCCAAAACUGGGGGUGGAGGAUUUGGGGGGUCCCAGUUUGGUAACAUUUUAUAAAAAUUUAACAAAAAAUUAACCAACAGCACUACAUUGUAUAAUUUAACAUGUUUUGUUUUGUUUUAAUUAAAACUAGCAAAAAAAUCUGCCAAUGUGGUAAACAAAUUGAAUUAAGUGUUUAGGUAAAAAGUUUUUUGCUUAUCCCAUUGGCAGAUUUUUUUCCGCUUGUUUUAUGCACAAAUUCACUUAAAUUUUAUAUUUUUUACUUAUUAUCUUAUGUAAUUUUGUUCAUCAAGGAAAACAUCUUAAUUUAUGAAUUUUUAGAUACGUUUUGUUUAAGAUAUGUUUUGUUCAAAUUCUAAGUUUCGGAUUGUUUUAGGUCAUAAUUUUUCUUUGGGGGACGGCUCAAAGGGAUGCACACUAAACACCUCACGCUAAAAAGUUUGAGAACCACUGCUCUAAAAUGAGGUUAUACUUGUUAUACGUAAAAAUACGUACAUUUAUAUAUAUUUUAGGUAGGGGGUCGCUCACAAAAGGUUUAUCAUAUUUAGGGGUCACUAGUAUCAUGAGGUUUGAAAACCCCUGCAAAAUGACUUUCUUAUUUAGUUUAUUUGUCUUGUUUUUAGUACAAAUAUCUUAUACAUUAUAAUGACCACAAUGACCUAAGAAAAUAUCAUAUUUACGGUGAAUUUUGUGAUUAAAACUCCCAAAAAAAUCUGCCAAUGGGGUAAACUAAAUUUUAUUAAGUGUUUAGGUAAAAAGUUUUUUGCCCCAUUGGCAGAUUUUUUUUUAUGCACAAAUUCACUUAAAUUUGAUAUUUUUUACUUAUUAUUUGAGGUAAUUUUGUUAAUCAAGGAAAACAUCUUAAUUUAAGAAUUUUUAGAUACAUUUUGUUUAAGAUAUGUUUUGUUCAAAUUCUAAGUUUCAGAUUGUUUUAGGUCAUGAUUUUUCUUUGGGGGACGGCUCAAAGGGAUGCACACUAAACACCUCACGCUGAAAAGUUCGAGAACCACUGCUCUAAAGUUUGGUUAUACUUGUUAUACGUAAAAAUAUGUACAUUUAUAUAUAUUUUAGGUAGGGGGUCACUCACAAAAGGUUUAUAAUAUUUAGGCAUCGCUAGUAUCAUGAGGUUUGAAAACCCCUGCAAAAAUGACUAUCUUAAAAUUCUUAAAUUAAGAUACAUUAUGAUGACCUAAGAAAAUAUCAUAUUUAAGUGAAUAGCAUAUUUUAAGUGAAUUUUGUGAUUAAAACAAGCAAAAAAAUCCCCAAUGGGGUAAACAAAAUGUAAUUAAGUGUAUAGGAAAUAAAGUUUUUUGCUUACCCCAUUGGCAGAUUUUUUUUUGCUUGUUUUAUGCACAAAUUAACUUAAAUUUGAUAUUAUUUACUUAUUAUUUGAGGUAAUUUUGCUCAUCAGGAAAAAACAUCUUAAUUUAAGAAUUUUUAGAUAUUUGUACUGAAAACAAGACAAAAAUACUAAGUAAGAAAGUUUUUUCAGUAUGCUUUAAACACAAAUGAAGGUGACACAAACAGAGAAUAGUUAUUAAACAACUGAGUGGUGCUCAGAGAUAUAUUAUACCACAAUUAUAGAAAUAAAACUGUCAAUCUCUAAAAACAAUUGUACAGAAAAAACGUUGUAAAAUAGCUGAAAAUAUGCAAACCGUACAUUUGAAAACCUGUGUGCUCUUACUGUGUAACUCAACCAAUCGGUGUUUGCGUCAUUGAAGGAUGAACAAUCGAUGAGUGAUAUUUACUGUGCAUGUGCUACAGUAUCACAUAACAAAUCCAUCAUAACUGAAGAAAACAUGUUUACAAGCAGGAUUUUCUUUGUCCUUGAUGUCAACACAGUGAAUAGACAGACAGACAAAACACAUAUAUGCAAAUGAACUGUACUGACAACAAUCUAGAGUUUGAUAAAUCAAAGUAAAUACGAAUCAUAUUUCAAGAUGUUUACAUGACCUAACAAAUCAUCAGCUUAUUAAAGGAUUGGUCCAGGUUUAAUGCAGGUUAAGCUCUACAGUCCAUCUCAUAUCUUCUAUUUAAAAGAUGUUACCAAGUGUGAAGAAACAAAAAGGUUUGUUUAAGAAAAGAGAGACAGCAUCUCUCUGGUUUUACUGUGGUAAAACUCUUGUUUUUCUAUCUUUACUCUGUCUUGUAAAUAUUGGCGUUCUCUCUUCUUUCCCCAGCCACCAAAAUCUUGUAUUUUGUUCUAAAAGAGUAAGGUUUAUUUGUAAGGAUUUUUUAAAUCUCUCAUUUUUGUAAGCAUUCGAGGUAUAUUUAAAAAAAGUGAAAAAUAUUUAAAGAUCAAACUGUCUUUGAAUCCCCCAUGAGUUCAGUGAAUGUAUCAGUUUUUCUUUGUCUUGUAAAAUCGUUACAAGUCUCAGACAAAACUUCUGUUUGUUAUUCUGACAUAAAAAACAUUAUGAUUAUUAUUACAAGUAUUAUGACAUCAUAUUUAUUACUACCCAUUGAUAUGACAUCAUCAUUAUUACAUUAAUAAA